CCGACAAUUCCGCGAAUCCCGACAAUCCCGCAGUUUUGGACAAAUUCUACCGCUGCAACUGUAUAUACUGGGAUGUAUGGGAUGGAUGUACAUAUGUACUGGGAUCGCGGGAGAUUUUACAAGUUUGGAUGCAUAGGUUCUGUUAUUGCUCAUGAGUUCAUGCACGCAUUUGGAAGACAUGCAACACGAAAUGAGUACGGCAAGCUAGACAAUAGUUUACCAGAAGAUUUUCUUAGAAAGCAUUUUUCAAAUAUGACGCUUAUGCAAACAAUGUAUGAAGAACCCCUAAAGAAAUUAGGCUACUCUGAAGACAAAUUGCAUAGAACUAAAGAGGAGAAUUUUGCCGAUACUCAAGGAAUGAAGUUAAUUUACAAGGCUUAUCAGAAUGCGAAGAAAGAAGGCCCGGAACCACGCCUUAAAAGUAUACCUUAUUUCAGCGAAGACCAGCUAUUUUUCUUAGCUACUGCUCAAGUAUGUGUUCUCUACGCUGCUAAUUAUAUCUGUUAA